GUUUACCGUUCUUUCUUGUCUUCCCCAAAAAAUUCCUAAACACAGCGUGCCCUAGCUCCCUUCCCCCAUUGAUUAGGUUGCCCAAAAUCUGUAAAAUCUAUCGGUGAGAUAAUCAUCACUUCUAACAUAUCGUUACAUAGAUCACUGUAUCUAACCCGAGAGAGAGAGAGAGAGAGAGAGAGAUGGGUAGAAUAGCAGUUGCUGUUAUAGUGAGUUCCUGGAUUAUCCCAAUCUCUAUCCUCGUCAAUCGCUUUGUCCCUGACCCUUACAUGGAUGAGAUAUUCCACGUGCCUCAGGCGCAGCAAUACUGCAAGGGGAAUUUCACAAGUUGGGAUCCAAUGAUCACCACUCCUCCUGGAUUGUACUGUAUUUCACUUGCCUAUGUUGCUUAUUUGUUUCCAGGCAUGUUUUGUAUGCAAGCAGUCUCAUCAUUUUCUGGUACCUGCUCCUCUGCAAUUCUUCGCUCGACCAAUGCAAUUUUGGGUGUAAUUUGCAGUGUUCUGGUUUAUGAGAUAAUCACUCAGUUGAGGCCAGCUCUUGAUGAAAGAAAAGCUACUAUUUAUGCAGUUGUUCUUGCUCUGUACCCUCUCCACUGGUUCUUUACUUUUCUAUACUACACAGAUGUUGCAUCACUUGCUGCAGUCCUUGCUAUGUAUCUUGGCUGUCUGAAGAGGAACUACAUCCUCAGUGCGUUGCUUGGGUCUUUGGCUGUAUUCAUACGACAGACAAAUAUUAUAUGGGUGCUUUUUGUCGCAUCCAGUGGUGUCAUAGAUUACUCUCCAGUGAGAAAAAAUAACCCACAAUUACACGUUUCUGAUCUGUCGAUCAGGAAAGACAAACAACUAGCUUCAAAUGGAGGUAACACAGGGGUCUCCAAAUUGCGAAAGAGAAGGCCUGGUAAAGCUGUCGACAAUAUCAGCCAUUCUACUCAAAGAAGUUCCACUUCUGCAAAAUGUUCAUCAGGUUUUAUUGAGGAGAUCCAAGAUACCUUUCUAACGGCGUGGCUUCUGAAGUGGGAGCUUUUGGUUUCCUUUAGUCCCUUCUUUUUAGUUUUGGUGGCUUUUGUUGCUUUUGUCUGCUGGAAUGGGAGUAUUGUUCUAGGUGCAAAAGAAGCCCAUGCUGUUUCUCCACAUUUUGCACAAUUAUUGUAUUUUAGUCUGGUUUCCACUCUAUUUGUGGCCCCCUUCCAGUUCACUCUACCUUACGCUCCAGUUGUGGUCCAGUCAUUCCGGAAAAGCAGGCUACGUAGUUGUUUCCAAUGGUUUAUAGCCCUUAUGGUUGGCUUCCUCUCCGUGCACUUUUUCAGUGUAGCUCAUCCUUAUCUUCUUGCUGACAAUCGACACUAUACCUUCUAUAUUUGGCGGAAAGUCAUCAAUGCUCAUUGGUCAACGAAGUAUCUUCUGGUCCCGUUUUAUGUUUACUCAUGGUUUUCCAUCGUCAGUAUCUUAGCAAAAGCUCAAAAGAAGGUAUGGGUAUUGGCUUAUUUCUUGGCUUGUGCUGCAGUCCUCAUUCCCACUCCAUUGAUCGAGUUCCGAUACUACACCAUACCAUUCUUUUUCUUAAUCCUCAAUUCCCAUACCGAUGAUUACAAAAGUUGGCUUCUGAUGGGAAUCCUUUAUAUUGCCGUCAAUAUCUUUACAAUGUUUAUGUUCUUAUCCCGGCCAUUCUCCUGGAACCAUGAAUCCGGUAUCCAGAGGUUUAUAUGGUAAAGAAAGGGCUCAGAAAUUCUGAAAGUGAGACAAGUGAAAGCAACAAGAAGUCUUUUGGGUAAUUAUGACUUGAACACCUUCUCUUGGUUUUACUGAUUUUGCUGAGUGAAAAGAGUUGGAAAACACACUGCCGGAUUCUACUCCAGCACCGAAGUGAUUUUUGCCCCGGCCAACAGAGCACCAAGUUUUGGUUUACAAUUUUUGUAUCCACAACUGACUACUACCUGUUCAUUAUGGGAAAUAUUGGUGUCAUGCAAUUGAAGUGCUUGAAUUUCGCAACUUUUCCCAUUCUGUAGCACUCACUAGAUUAUGUUGUUUCAGAAUACAUCGCCCGUUCCUGUAACCCUUUGAAUGGUGGGAUUUUGUAUGUUCUAUGGGAUUCUUCAGAGGAUCUACAUUCCAUGGUUGUGUUCAUCUUCCAGGGUGUGGAGAGAGAAUGCAAGAAGAACCGGAAAUCCGUCGUUCAUAUGUAAUCAUUGGUUGUUAUGCUCCUUUGAAUACCCGCCUUCACUGUCCCACA